AUGAGGAGGCAACUGGGUGGAUGCUGGUUGGCCAUUGUCUGUGUCCUGCUCUUCAGCCAGCUCUCCACAGUCAAGGCAAGAGGCAUAAAGCACAGAACCAAGUGGAACCGGAAGACCUUGCCGAGUACUUCCUCCCAUGUGACAGAGUCCCAAACGGCGGAGAUGCGCCCCGGGGCCUUCAUCAAGCAGGGCAGGAAGCUGGAUAUCGACUUCGGAGACGAAGGCAACAGAUACUACGAGGCCCACUAUUGGCAGUUCCCCGAUGGGAUCCACUACGACGCCUGCUCCAAGGCCAACGUGACCAAGGAGAAGUUCGUCACCAGCUGCAUCAAUGCCACCCAGGCUGCGAACCAGGAGGAGCUGUCCCAAGAGAAACAGGACAAGCUGCUUUACCAGCGGAUCCUGUGGCAGCUGAUCAGGGAGCUCUGCUCCAUCAAGCACUGCGAUUUUUGGUUGGAAAAGGGAGCAGGACUCCGGGUCACCAUGGACGAGUCCCUAAUGCUCUGCCUGCUGGUUUUCAUGUGGCUUAUCAUGAAAUAA